AUGCGAAAUCUACCAGCGUUGUACGGUGUGCUGCUGGAACAAGCAGGCCAUUCCCUGUACAGAAGCAGCGUCCGUGGACUCUUUGCCUACGAUAUCAUGUUCGCGUCGGUGUCUCGAGAUGAUCUUCAAAAACAAGUACAGUGUUGGAAGGAUCGGCUGCAGCAACAUAAAUUGCGCCUCAAUGUAUCAAAAACUGAGUUCAUGGAGUGCGGACCAAGGAUAGAGGAUGGUGACAUUGAUCAAGAAAGUCGAGCACGUGUUAAUGCGGCAUGGAUGAAAUGGAAAAUGGCAACAGGCGUACUGAGCGAAAAGAAAGUCCCUGUUCGACUGAAGUUGAAGAUCUACAUUACGGUUGUGCGUCCUGUUGUUCUUUACGGAUGCGAGUGCUGGCCGACGACGAAAGGCUUGGAAAAAGUGCUGCACACUAUGGAGACGCGGAUGUUGAGGUGGACGGUAGGUGGAACGCUAAAAGACAAAGUAUCCAACGACACUGUGCCCUCCAUCUUCGGCAUGUUCCCGAUUACUGAAAAGAUGAAGGGGGUGCGACUGAGAUGA